AUGUCACACUGCGCGAUGCUUCGCGAUGCGCACCACACGCCACGCCAAGCGCCCUCGCCCGACAUGCUCGGCGCUGCGCACGUCUUCUCGGGCCAUGACAAGGGGGGAACCGCACUUGCGGCUCUCCAUCUUGAGCCGUGCAUCAAGGUUCAGAGACAGGUACUUGAGGGGCGCCCACUUUCAGCCGACGGGAGACCAAGCCUUGGUGCCAUUGACGCCUACUUUCAAAGCCGAUGGGCACUUCAACCCUUCAACCUGCACGAAUGGCCCAAUAGCUCUUCGGUCUACCUGUACGUAGUGCCAGUUGCCGCCGAUCAGGACCUCAAGCCACAAGAGAGCACCAUGGCAAGGAACAUGCUCAUCUCCGCUGAAACUCCGUCCUACCAUCCCGCGUACCCGCCUCUUUCCCCCCAGAACCAACCCCAUAUUCCACUCAAAGCAGAUCGAGGAAGCGAAAAUGGGGAGUAUUGUCAAAUGCGCCUUUCCCUAGCCGCCUCGCUGGAUUAUUCACGCGAGCAGAUUGGUAAUCCUGCCCUCCAAGUCCCCGUUUCGCGCCUUUUGAUCUCGCUUUUGGCCCUCUCGCUCAGUGACUCAACGCAAGCCACAGUGUCUAGCCUGUGGUGUUUUCCCUUUCUCCCCCCUCCCCGCCUUGGGCGUCACGAGUGGGAUGACGAAGCACCACGAACAAGCCACGCAUCAGAGAGCUGGACGACGGCGGGAAACGUUGCCGCAGCCGGCGUCGGCGGCCGCAACGGUUUCGGCGGCCGCUGA